GGUCGGUAUUAGAAAUGCAAGCUGACUUGUGCUUGCUCUGUCUAUGAUACUUUGAUUGGCCACAUUGUUGGUCUCUUUCAAGACUUAGUGGUGUUGAGACGGACAAUUAGGAUGGGACGCCUAAUUGCCUCAGCCACGGAGAAACUCUGCAUUCGUCGGACGAGUUGAACUUGUUCUUGGGUCUCGCAUCCAAUCCAGGGUGCAAGAGAUAGAUGGGAUUGCGGCGCCAUCUCCAGCUCCAUCAACCUCUGCGUGUUAGACCGCUGCGCAGCCACCGUGUUCUCACUGCGUGACCGUCAGAGAACUACGCAUUUCUGGCUUCGUGCUCUUCUUAUCUGCUGGACCUUAUUCUCGUCGCUCGUCUGCGCCGAAAUACCAUUCCCAUCAGCCAUGGGCGGACUCUACAAGGAGCUCCCUGAGGGGCUUGACGAGGUCGAUGUCGUCAUUGUCGGAGGCGGAACCGCAGGCUGCGUCGUGGCAUCUCGACUGAGCGAUGCCUACCCAUCCCUGUCCAUUCUGAUUGUCGAGGGUGGCCGAGACAACCAGGGCCUUCAAAAUGUCACCUACCCUAUGCUCCUGCUCAACAACAUCUUGCCCGGAAACACCGACACGCUUUUCUAUGAGGGCAUCCCUGAGAAGGCUGUGGGUAAUCGCUCACUUGUCGUGCCGUCCGGCGGUGUCCUCGGCGGCGGCUCGUCUAUCAACCUGCUCACCUACAGCCGUGCUCAAGCCAUUGACUACGACCAGUGGGGAGUCGAGGGGUGGUCUUCCAAGGACUUGGUUCCGUAUCUCCAAAGGCUCGAGACCUAUAAAGGUAAGGGCACGCCCGAGACACACGGCUACUUUGGCCCCAUGCUCGUCACCCCAAGCAACUACACGGCAAAGGCAUCCGAGGAGGGCUUCAUCAAGGCGGCCGCCAAGCUCGGCUACCCAGAGGCCCGCGACAUCCAGGACCUGGAGACCGUCAACGCCACGCAGCGCAACAUCCGCUACGUGAGCGGAGGCAAGCGCCAGGACGCCGCCUCCAACUACCUGCACCCGCGCCUCGGUGACAGCCUCCACCCCAACCUCUACGUCCUCACCCAGCACCAGGUCAUUCGUGUGCUCUUUGAUGGCAACAAGGCCUCGGGCGUCGAGUUCAGGCCCAACCCCAAGUUCAACGAUGGCACCGAGAAGCCUGUGCAGAGGGUCAAGGCAAAGAAGCUCGUUAUCCUCUCCUCCGGCGCCCUGGGAACACCCCUUGUACUGGAGCGCUCUGGCGUGGGCAACUCUAAGAUCCUUGGCAAGGCGGGCGUCAAUGUUGUCGCCGAGGUGCCCGGUGUUGGAGCCGAAUAUCAGGACCAUCAACUGAUGACCUACGCAUACUACUCGAGCCUCCUGCCCAACGAGACCUUUGACGCUAUCUACUCAGGCCGCACCAACGUCGACGAGCUCAUUAAGAAGAACGACCCCAUCAUGGGCUGGACCGCCGCCGAUGUCUACUCGAAGCUCCGGCCCAGCGACGAGGAGGCCAAGGCUCUUGGGCCCGCAUUUGAGAGCGCCUGGAACCGCGACUACAAGACCAACCCAACGAAGCCGCUUUCCAUUAUCACUUCGCUCAACGGCUUCCCCGGAGACUCCACCGGCCAGCCUGAAGUCCAGUACUUCUCCUGCUCCACCUUCACCCCGUACCCCUACUCCCGUGGCCACCUCCACAUCACCUCCAAGGAUCUUGAUGCGCCCCUCGACUUCGCCACGGGCUUCUUCGCCGACGAAAAUGAUGUUGACAUCAAGAAAUCCGUCUGGUCUUACAAGAAGCAGCGCGAGAUUAUCCGCCGCAUGGAUGUCUACCGCGGCGAGUUUGCCCCGCUGCACCCAGCUUUCGCCGCCGACUCGGACGCCGCCACCCCCUCGAAGCCUCUUGACGGCCCUCUGCCCGACGAUGUGUCUGACAUUGUGUACACGGCUGAGGACGAUGCGGUGUUGGAGCAGUGGCUGCGUGCUAAUGUGGGCACGACGUGGCACUCGCUGGGAACAUGCAAAAUGGCCCCCAAGAGCGAGGGCGGCGUUGUCGACUCGAGCCUAAGCGUGUACGGUGUCGAGAAGCUCAAGAUUGCGGAUCUGAGUGUGCCACCGGGCAACGUCGGUGCUAAUACGGCCAAUACUGCGUAUAUGAUUGGCGAGAAGGCGGCUGAUAUUUUUAUUCAGGAGCUGAAGGGGUAUGAUUAUGGAGACGGCAACAAUGGAGGCCCUUAAUUAUGGCACAUACGUAUAAUAAUGCUGCACUUGUGUAUAUUGUCUCGUUGCCGGCUCCCUUCUGAUAAUAUGAAUUCUAGCCAUGACUUCCAUUCGGAAAGGUAGUAGUAGGCUAGCAGCCGUUUAGACUAUUAGGUAUCAUAUAUGCCAUUUACUUGUGGCUUUCUCCUGCUGGCGAGACCUGUGAUGAUACCUGGCUUCUCAGUUCAUCGUGAGCCUCGGACUAGGGAUAAUUAGACAUUUCACUAAUGUUUCCGAGCUCCGAGGGAAUUUGAGCGAAU